GAAAGUAUCGUCGCUUGGUUUCCUUCUUUGUUCUCUCUCUUAGGGUUAGGGUUUUGUGGGUGGGGAGAUGGCGCAGGGGAGCGAGCGGAUGAAGGGGACGGUGAAGUGGUUCAACGGAACCAAGGGGUUCGGAUUCAUCACUCCAGAUGAGGGCGGGGAGGAUCUUUUUGUGCAUCAGACGUCGAUCAAAGCCGAGGGCUACCGGACCCUGACCGAGGGCGAGCAAGUCGAGUUCACCGUCGCCGAGGGCGACGACGGCCGUAUCAAGGCGGUGGAUGUGACUGGUCCUGAUGGAGGAUCCGUCCUGGGUGGCGGCAGUGGAGGCGGCCGCAGGGACGGGUACGGUGGAGGCGGGGGCCGAGGCGGCGGGGGCCGCGGCGGAGGAGGUUAUGGCGGCAGGUAUGGAGGUAGGAGUGGAGGGAUGAGGGGCUACGCCGGCGGAGGAGGUCCCUGUUACAACUGCGGCGAGUCUGGGCACCUCGCAAGGGACUGCUACCAGAGCGUUGGCGGUGGCGGAAUCAGCGGGAGGUACGGCGGCGGCGGCGGCGGCGGAGGGUCCUGCUACAACUGUGGCGAAGCUGGGCAUUUCGCAAGGCAGUGCCCGAAGUGAGGAUGGUUCUUUGACCCUUAUUUCUCCUCUCUUUAUACCUACCCUCACAAAAGUAUUUGCUGUUUUGGAUUGUGACUGCUGGGAUCUGUCAUAUUGCAUCUGGAUUCUAUCUUUUUCUUUGGGAUAUCUUAAACUUUUUAAUGGAUUGUGUGUUCUGGGGUGAUUGUUAAUGAUGUCUGUGAGGGAAGCGGACAUCUUACAGAAGAUGGUUGGUUGAUCAUAUGCUUCCUUAAUACAGAGUUAAUUUGAUGCUUUUCAAUAUAUACUGUCGCUGUUGGUGGAAUGAAGGCUUUUGUUUCAGUUUAGCGUUGUUAA